UAAUAAGAACCCUAAGAACUUUCCCUUGCAACAAAUACAAAUCUUCGGGCAACCGCGAAAGUCUCGGUUCAACACUUCUACGUUGCAGGGGCGAAGCUUAGUUGGCGGUAACCCAUUACCAUUCACCUCCAAAUGGCGAGAAUUAAAGUCCAUGAGCUCCGAACCAAGUCGAAGACUGAUCUUCUGAACCAGCUCAAUGAGCUUAAGGCUGAGCUUGCGCUGCUUCGAGUGGCCAAGGUCACUGGAGGUGCACCUAACAAGCUCUCAAAGAUAAAGGUGGUUAGGCUUUCAAUUGCUCGUGUGCUUACCGUCAUCUCCCAGAAACAGAAAGCUGCGUUGAGAGAAGCAUACAAGAAUAAGAAGUUUGUUCCGCUGGAUCUUCGACAAAAGAAGACCCGUGCAAUUAGGCGUCGCCUCACUAAACAUCAGGUAUCUCUGAAGUCUGAGAGGGAGAAGAAGAGAGAGAUGUAUUUCCCAAUGAGGAAAUAUGCUAUCAAGGUUUGAGAUAGCAGCUCGGAGCAAAGUGAUUGUAGUGGUGUUUGAAGUAUAUGCAUUUUUGUUUAGCUUCUUGCUUGGACCAAAUGUAACCUUUAUGAUAUCUAUAUUCUUACUUU